CUUCUCUUGGCAAGCAAGCACAACAACGACGAUGGGAGACAGCAGAGGGACUGAGGAUGAGUUCGAUGUGCCUUCGUGCUACACAGACUUGCAUGUCAUCGGCUACGGCACCUACGGUGAGGUGAGGGAAGCCAAGGUCGUGGAGGGAGCAACGCGGCCCGACAAUGCCUACUUUCUACGCCUGGAGCCCGGAAAGAUGGUGGCCAUCAAGCGGCUGAAGCGCGACCUCGUGUACCGCGACAGCUAUCACGCCAAGAAGGUGUUCAGAGAGAUCACCCUCCUCAAGCAGCUGAUACACGAGAACGUGGUGAAGCUGGUUGACCUGUACAUCUCCGACGCGCGUGACAUCUACAUCAUCACAGAGAAGAUGGACUGCGAUCUGUCGAAUAUUCUGAUUCCCUCGUUUGAGAUGAACGACGCGAUGGUGCAGUACAUCCUGUAUGGCAUCAUGCGCGGCCUCAAAUACAUCCACUCCGCAGGUGUGAUCCACCGCGAUUUGAAACCAAGCAAUAUCCUCCUCAACUCCUCCCUCGACGCGCGCAUCUGCGACUUUGGGCUGGCGCGCAGCUCGAGCCAGACGACGCUGGCAACGGGGUAUGUCACCACCCGCUGGUACCGGGCACCCGAGGUCAUGCUCACGUGGCGGCACUACACGGAGGCGCUUGACAUGUGGUCAGUGGGCUGCAUCUUUGGCGAGAUGCUGAACAAGGUACGCAACUACAUCACUGCCACGUCGCGCGACCCCAACACGGGCGAGGUCACGCCGCUGUACGCGCUCUUCCCGGCAGAGUCGCACGUGGACCACCUGGAGAAGAUUAUGAUGAUUGUUGGCCCGCCCCCACCCGAAGUUGUCGAAGCGACAACAGACUCCCAUAUCGCCGUGUUUCUCCGAGACAAGGUGGAGCAGCUGCGGGAGAGCGCGUCGAGCAUCGAGCAGUACUUCAGCAACGUCGACAGCACCGCCACCUCCAUGAUUGUCGGUCUUCUCAACUUCAACCCGGCACACCGCUUCCACGCCGCACACGCCCUCGAGCACCCGUACCUGAGCAAAUACCACGAGCCAUCGGAGGAACACGUGCGCACAGAGAUCAACCGCGACUUUGAGCUGAUUGAGCUCUCCCUGGACAACUGGGGCCGAUACAUCGCACGCGAGGAGGUGAACAUGCACCAGGUGGACUCGGGCGAAUUUGUGCCGGACCCCAACACACACGUCCACGCCGCCGUGCACAACCCUUUGCAACAGCCACGUACAAAUGCGCUGCCCAUGCCGGACUUUGGCCCGUCUGUGCCUUCAGACUAUUCGCUUGACGAGGCCCUGCGCGAUUUCGAGGCAAUGACGGCGCAGAUGCAGCUGGAGGACCCGGGCAGUACCAACCUCCUCGACCUCCCAGAUGUCGGAGAGGCGCCACAGGGCCCGAGCGAACAGUUUGCCCUCGACCUUCCGGAUCGCAUGCCAUCACUGGCGCUGGAGAACGAACUGAUGAGCCUUGAGGACGAUCGACGCUACCUCCAGGACCAGCUCACAGAUGACGCUGUCGCAGACCCGUCCCGCCUCUUGGUCGGGCUCUCGGAAGUUGAUGCAGAACUGGAGCUUGCUCAACAACGCACACACCAUGACACCACAUGACAGCGCGCAUUACAACGCACGCUCUCGCAACUGAUGCCGUUUCCUUCUUUCCUUGCAUUGCAACCCCCCCCCCAAACACACACACACACACACACAGACACACACGCUGCCACCACCAGCUACCCCUGCCACAAACAAUUCCCUGGGUUAUAUCGUGUCUUUGACUGGUGCACCAAAUUCGUAUCUUGUUCACCACAUGCAUAUGUGCACCCUCCGUCUCCCCACCUUUGCUUGCGCUCUUGUGUACAACAACUAAAUGCCCCCUAGUUUCGUGAUGAGAUAUCUCAGUCUCACCAUACACAGUCACAC